GUGACUCUCGUCCACCCCAGUGAGGAGGUCACGGUCCUGCGAAAACUGAACCUGGAGCAGCCAGACGGAAUAUACUUUCAAAGCAUCUUUCGCUCAGGCCGGGUUUCCGAGACUACCACAUGUAAUGUGUGUCUCAAAGCGCCCAAGGAAAAAUUGUGCAACUUCACAGACCGCUACACAGGUGAGCCCUGGUUCUGCUACAAGCCAAAGAAACUCAAUUGUGACUCUCGGCUCACCCACGCCAAAGGAGGUUUCAAUAAAAAACUGACACGAAUGGAGGAGAAACUCUUCCAAAGUGGAGUCAACAUGAAAGUGUCAAUUCCGGCAUCAGGACUCUCCAACAUCACCAUCUCACCAAAACCUCAAGAGGAAACCAAUCAGAAUAUAAAGACCAAGCCUGCUGGUUACUACUACCAGGGUGUAUGGCGAGCACUGGACGGGACCAGGGUCCUCCAGUUCAACACGUCCACAGCAGUCAGUCAGUGUCUGAAAGGCAAGGUGCUCCACCUGUAUGGAGACUCCACCAUCAGGCAGUGGUUUGAAUAUCUAACAGAAUCAUUACCAGGUCUCAAGAAGUUUGACCUGAAAACUCCAAAGCAAAAUGGACCAUUCCUGGCGUUAGACCCUGAAAACAACAUCUUAGUGACGUUCCGCUGCCACGGUCCUCCCAUCCGUUUUGGCACCAUGCCUGCCAAUCAAGCGCGUUACAUCGCCAGUGAACUGGACAGUGUGAUUGGAGGCAAAGACACUGUUGUAGUUAUUGGAGUUUGGUCGCACUUCAGCACUUUCCCUAUUGAGGUCUACAUCCAACGUCUGCUGAGCAUACGAAGGGCAGUGGUGCGGCUGUUGACCAAAGCACCGGGUACGGUGGUCAUCAUCAGGACCGCAAACCCCAAAGCGCUGACAGUUUACGAACUGACAAACAGUGACUGGUAUUCCUUACAGCGUGAUAAGGUCCUCAGGGAAAUAUUUAAAGGGGUCAAUGUCCAACUGGUGGAUGCCUGGGAGAUGACUAUUGCGCACCACCUGCCACACAGCCUCCACCCAUAACUUCCUAUUAUAAAGAAUAUGAUAGAUGUUAUCUUGUCCCACACAUGCCCUGCUGCUG